CCGCAGUGUCGUAAACGGUUGGACACACGAAGGUUCAGUCGAGGUGCAUGACCUUGCUGAGCUUGAGAUCGAGCUCACAUUGAGCUUCUCAAUGUUAACAGCAACACCCACUGUCCACUCCAAGGCAUCCCGCGCUUCCAGGUGAAGUGCGUCGCAAGUGGCCGCCAUGAACAUAUUCGACAACUCCGACCACUCCAACAAAAACUGCACCGCAGAUGACUACAUCGGCGGCAAGUCCGCGACCGACACUCAGGUCCAGCUGCUCAUCUCCGUUACGCUUGGCCUGUCUGCAUUUUUAGCUUUCUGUACUCUACGACCGCGAUGGAAGUUCCUCUACCUUGCGCGAAAGCGACACUCCGAUCCGCUCGUCGGCCUGCCUUUACUACCCGACACCUUCUUCGGAUGGAUACCUGUCCUCUACAAGAUUACCGAACAACAGGUCCUUGCCUCGGCCGGGCUCGACGCUUACGUCUUCCUGGCGUUUUUCAAGAUGUCGAUGCGCCUGUUUGGUGUCAUGUUCUUCUUCGCCGCUGUGGUCCUCGAGCCCAUCAACCGUCACUUUGGCCGAUCGCCUGAUACCGGCAAACCCGGCUCGUUUCUUUUUCACCAGUAUGCAACGUACCGAGAUGGGAUGCCGGGCAUGCUUGGCGAUUCGGACGCCCCGGACCACGAUGACGAUAACAGCUUCAACCGCAACAUGGGCUAUCUCUGGUCGUACCUCAUCUUCACCUAUUUCUUCACAGGUCUGACGCUGUACUUUAUGGAGAAGGAGACGUCCAAGGUGAUCCGCGUGCGCCAGGACUACCUAGGCACCCAGUCUACCAUUACCGACCGCACUUUCCGACUGUCCGGUAUCCCGGGAGAACUUCGAACAGAGGAGGCGAUCAAGGACUUGGUGCAGAAGCUCGAAAUCGGCAAGGUCGAAAGCGUCACCCUGUGCCGGAACUGGGCGAAACUCGACCGCUUGAUGGAAGAGAGACAGACAGUGUUAGCCAAGCUCGAGGAGGCUUGGAGUGUUUACCUUUCUCACAAGCCGCUUGAGGCAACCGGGAACCGGACAAGCGGCGGCAACGAAAGUGGGCUCGGGACAGACUCGAGCGAGGUCCUAGAUGGCGUGGUUGAGGAAGCCGGAGAAAGCGAUCGCCUUCUUAGGGGCCCCCAAGCCCGUCUCAUGGACAGGGAGCGUCCGCAGACCCGGUUCUGGUACGGCUUCCUCCGUCUCCAGAGCCGCAAGGCCGACGCCAUCGACUACUUCACCGAGAAGCUCCGCCAGCUCGAUGACAAAAUCUUCGCCGCCCGCAAGGAGACGUACGAGCCCGCCGAUCUCGCUUUCGUGACCAUGGACUCGAUUGCCGCCUGUCAGAUGGCGAUCCAAGCCCUUAUCGAUCCCCACCCGGGCGGCUUACUGACAAAGCCCGCGCCUGCGCCAUCCGAUAUCGUUUGGAAGAACACAUACGCUCCGCGCCUCAACCGUCGCAUACGAUCUUGGGCCGUCACGGUUUUUGUUACCAUCCUCUCGGUGGUUUGGUUGGUCCCAGUCGCCUUCCUGGCCUCCGUCCUGAGCAUCUGCACCAUUAACAAGUUCUUCCCACACUUCGGCGCGUGGCUUGGAGAACACGAGAUUGCCAGAGCGCUCGUCCAGACCGGCCUCCCCACCUCGGUCGUCUCCCUUCUUAACAUUGCAGUUCCCUAUCUCUACGACUACCUCUCGUACCAUCAGGGCAUGCUCUCGCAAGGCGACAUUGCUCUCUCGGUCAUCAGCAAAAACUUCUUCUUCACCUUCUUCAACAUCUUCCUCAUCUUCACCGUCUUCGGCGCCGCCACCUCCAUCUUUGACGCUCUCCGUGAAUCCCUCAAGGACACCACCUACGUCGCCUACACACUCGCCCGCAAGAUCGAGGAACUGUCCGUUUUCUACACAAACUUCAUCAUGCUGCAAGGCCUGGGACUGUUUCCCUUCCGCCUGCUCGAGUUCGGCAGCGUCGCGCAGUACCCCAUCUACCGCAUGGGCGCCAAGACGCCGCGCGACUUUUCCCAGCUGGUCCAGCCGCCCAUGUUCUAUUACGGCUUCUACCUGCCCACGGCCCUCCUAGUCUUUAUCCUCUGUCUCGUCUACAGCGCCCUGCGCGGCGGCUUUCUGGUCCUCGGUCUCGGCCUCGCCUACUUCUCGCUCGGCUACUUCACCUACAAGUACCAGCUGCUGUACGCUAUGGACCAGCCGCAGCACGCCACCGGCGGCGCCUGGCGAAUGAUAUGCUACCGCAUCAUGCUCGGCCUGGUUGUCUUCCAGUUGACCAUGUCGGGCUAUCUGGCCCUGCGCAAGGCCUUCACCGUGGCCCUGCUGGUUGUACCCCUGCUUGUGGCCACGCUGUGGUACGGCUGGGACUUUAGGAAGCGCGUCGAGCCGCUGACGCGCUUCAUCUCGCUGCGGAGUAUAAAGCGGCCCAGCCAAGGGGGUGAUAUCGCGAUUUUGGACGAGGAUUUUGAUGGGCAUGGGGCCGAGCAGAGGGAGACACUCAGGAGGGGGAGUACAGUGGACGAGGACCGGGAGAAGGGGUUACGAUUUGUGAAUCCGAGCUUGGUUUGUCCACUCGAACAGCCUUGGAUAUACCGGGACCCACCGCCACCGCUAGUCGACCGUGACGACGAUGGUGUCUCUCCGCCAUGGGUCGACAGACAGAAUAGCGAGCCCGGCUAUGAGACGCCGGCCCGCGGGCCUGGCAGUAGUACGAACUCGUCCAGCUCCGUAAGUCUUGGAGAUACCCACAUCUGGAGGGAAUAAUCUGGCUUUCAUGUCACUGCUGGUUACUUCGGUCCAUUCAUCACAUAGGCGUAGGGCGAGAUGGACUGUGACGGAGUGCUUUUUAUGGAUGGAUCUCUGCAGCCUUGUUGCAGGUAGAGUGUUUGCGUUUGUUCCAACGGAGUUGGGGUUAUACCAGGGUGCACGCUCGCCAGUAAAUACUGAAGUUGACUGAGGAACAACCUGGAACACCAUUCAAAUGUUAUGGGACGCCAAGUCAUGACAAGUAGGGCAUAUUCGAAGAUUCGUGCCAAGUCCCAGCCACUUGCUAUCUACCCGCAUCCAUAUAUGGUGUAUGAAAGUUCACCUCGGCUGCCAAAACCAUUACAUUAACCAUGUCUGUUAGUCACAUGUCGCUACUGCACCACCUAAACAAUUGAAAUCUGGCUUAGUACGACGGAAAUGACAAAUUUACUUAAUCGAGC